AGCCAGGCCGGUGGUUUCUCCUCCUCCACUGCUCCAUAGAAGAUAGUGGUUGAUGCUGAUGCUGCUAACUGGCACGCGCUCGGCCUCAUCACAUAAGCCCAUCAUGCUCGGUCAAAAAGACCAAAACCUCGAGGUCACUGGAGGCGAAUCACGGCGAUCCCAGUGAGCCCUAGCAGAGAUGUGUCCUGCUUUUCAUGAGACCAGGAAGCAAAGGCCCGACUGGACCUUGACAGGCCCGAAACAAGGUGAAGAUGGCGAAGCGUGAUUACUUGGUGGAAGCAGCUAAGCAGAUUCGCAUGGCUCUGGACAGCGAGGUCAACGAGGACUAUGAGGCAGCUUUCGCUUAUUAUAAGAAUGGGGUGGAUUUACUGCUAAAUGGGGUCCAAUUGGACCCAAACAAGGAGCGUCGAGAGGCUGUGAAGAGGAAGACGACUCAGUAUUUGAAGAGAGCUGAGGAAAUCUUCAUAACGCACCUACAGGACAACCUCGGGAAAGGCAACUCUCAUUUAGGGGGCUACAGCAGUCUGAGAUUCCGACCUGUAAGACACUUAAGCUCUCCUGUGGAAGAUUUAGAGAUGUGUAAGGUGGUCGGCGUCAAUGAUAAGGUCCUAGUUGUCCAAAGCUUGGUUAAUAAAGAGACAUUUGUUGUAAAGAGUUUGAUGAAGUCCAGCUGGGAAAGCCGAGAGCAGCCGACCAUCAUCCCUCAAGGAGUGCCGUACAUGGUGAAGCUGCUGAGAUAUUACGUCAGCGAGGACACAGUUUACCUCCAUCUUGAGCACGUUAAAGGUGGGAGGCUCUUCUCCAAACUUCACAAGCUGAGAAAAGAGAGAGCCAAGGAACACCCAGAAUGCCUCACAUCCAGCCAGCAUCACAAAAUGAGGAGCAGCUACACCUCAUCUGCAAUCUGCACAGACUACCAGAGCAGCAUCAGCAUGCAAAGCGGUCCUCAGAAACUGAUUGACGACAGCCCGGAUGGGGACGACCCUUGGGAGGAGACCCAACGUCGUCUGGACAGCUGCGGGACUCACUCCUACAUCGAGGAGACGGGUUGCCUGCAGAACUCCCGCUCGGCCGCAUCGUUCUAUAGCAAGCUCGACCGAGCGACUUUACUUUCUGGACCCGCCAGAUCGCAGGUCAGCGCUAGUAUCCAUCCACCAGCUCCUACUUUGUGUUUGCACUCCGCUCAAGCUCAGGACAAGCCCGCUCUUCCUCUGUCUUGCGCUCGUGUCAGUCAAGCUCUGGACGUUAUGUCGGAACUGAAUAACAGCAAAGCUGGAACUGGGCUCAUAGAGUGCAGUUCUGACUUUGAAGUGGCUUGGAAGGCUGCAGAUCCAGCACUGAGAGGAGACCAAAUCAACCCCUAUGCAGCCACUGACUUGAACCUGAAAAAGCAAACCUCAUGUAUAAAAAUAGAUUCUCCAAACACUAAAAGUCAUAUUUUAAGUUCCUCUCCGGCCAUUUUACAUCUUCCUCUUCAUUGCCAAACACAAAUUCACGGAAGAGCAUGUUGGGACGGCCCGGGCUUUCAUCAGAGUUCCAUUUUAAGUGCGACUGACGAGGUUACAAAUGUAGAUGUGAAGCAAGCCGGCAGUCCUAAAUUAGAAGAACAAAAUGGAGUGGUGGUCCUCAGGAGCACAGACCGAGCCGUGUUCUCAGACCAUAGGGAAGCACGGACCGACACGGGAAGCUCCUGGCCUUUCUCAGCGAGGGAAACAAGUUCAGUUGAUGUGAGAGACGGUGUGGAAGAAGCCCGAGAGCUCCUAAGUCCAGGAAAUGUGGUCUCGCCCACAGAGGGAUCCUUUUCUAGCUGGUACUCGCCUCGCCUGCUCGGAGCCCAAACGAGGACCGAGGGCUCACCAGUGAGGACAGAGGGGCAAGGAGAUGACCAGAUCAUUGAGGUGGAUGGAUGGUGUCACAUACCUCAUUUACCGCUUAAAUCCUCAGAUAAAUCCAGCCGUCAGACGUGCUGGGGGCUCCCCGAAUCCGAUGUGCGGGUGUGGGCGGCCCAAAUCCUGCUGGCCCUGGAAAGCCUUCAUCAGCAGGGCAUCAUUUGUCGGGAUCUCAACCCUAGAAAUGUUCUACUGACCAGCAAUGGAAAGGCGUGCUUGACUUUUUUUGGACAAUGGAGUGAGGUUCAGUCGGAAAUUGACUGCGAUGCCAUGGAACAGAUGUACUGUGCACCAGAAAUUGGCGGCGUGUCCCGAGUCACAGAAGCUUGUGAUUGGUGGAGUCUAGGGGCUCUCCUGUUUGAACUUCUCACAGGAAUGCCAGUAUGGCAGCUCCACCCGACAGGAAUCAACUCCCACACUCAGCUGCUAAUCCCUGACCACCUGAGCACCACAGCAGCAUCCCUGCUCACUGAGUUACUUCAGUUUGAUGCUGGCUAUCGUUUGGGGUGUGGCGGUGGAGGAGUGAGCGACAUCAAGUGUCACCCCUUCUUCAGCAGCGUCUCCUGGAAGGCUCUGAGCUGCUAACUGUGCAGACACCUUUGCACAGG